AUGCAUGCCUACCUUAGAACAUUCUUCCCUCACUCUCACACACUUCCUUCCACUCGCCGGAAACAUAGUCCUCCCAUUAAACUCCGCUACUCCUGCUGCACCUCCGGCGACUCCGUUUCCCUAAUCACUGCUAAAUCCGACAAAAAUCUUAACUAUCAACGAAUCGCUGAUCACUUCUACGAAUGCGUCCCCGAGCUUCCUCUCGCAACUCGAUGUUCCGAUUCCGUCGUCUUCCCCGUGGUCGCUCUUCAGACCACGCUGUUUGCGGGCCAGGGAAUCUGCGUCGGCAUCACCAAUCAUCACACAGUCGCCGAUGGGAGCAGCAUCGUUAAUUUUGUUAAGUCGUGGGGCUGUGCUAACAGAUCUGAAGAUGAGGAAGCAUUUCAUCAAACAGUUGGUAGGUAUUUUCCGGUUUUCAAUCGUAAUUUGGCUGAAGAUCAUGAAAAAUUAGAUUCAAUCUCUUGGAAAUUCGUCAGAAACCAAAAUCCAAAUCUCGAUUUCUCACCAUCCCUGGUGGAAUUUCCGGUCAACAGAGUUCGUUCAACUCUCCUCCUCACAAAAAAUCAAGUCCAAAACCUCAAAAAUCAUGUCUACGCCAACACGCCUAAUUCACGCGACGUUUCAUCCUUCACGGUAAUUUCUGCCUACGCUUGGAUCUGUGCGUUGAGGUCCGCAGCUGCUUCCGACGACGACGACGAGGAGAUCGUCUACUUCUCCUUCGCUGCUGCCGGAAUCAUACUUUGGAAAUUGCCUAAUUUUCGUACGUUUCUGACUGCUGUGGAGAGUAUACGAGAAGCAACUCGAAGGAUUUUGCAUAGUGAUCGUGGAGUGGUGGAGAGUGCAGAUUGGCCGCUGGAUUUCAGGAAAAAUAGUGGGCAGUGUGUGGUAUCGGUGGCUGGAUCGCCGAUAUUUGAUGUUUAUUACUCACUGUUUUCCAUUGGAAAAUAUGAUAUCCAAUGGAAUGCGUUAACAUGGAAUUCCGUGGCCAACGAUUAUGCAUUAAUAUGA